AUGAGCAAUAUCUUCGGAGAAAGGCAUCCCUAUUUUGUCACGAGAGAAUUGGAGAAAGAAGACGAGCAUGUUCAUAAUAUGACCCAGAACGACCAGGGGCUUCAGUGCUCUCAAAUAAGAACGACAUGGCGAAAGAGGUUUCAUGUUUCACCUUCCAACUCACGAAGGGGAUCAUACUCUAUACUUGCCAAAGAUCCCCUUGGGCCUGGAAUGCAAGGAUUUCGAGGACUCGACAUCUCUAUCACCAUCUCUUCGUCAAAAGAACAGCCGAAGCUUUUUGCAAAAUUGCUCUCUGGAGGCAAAACUAUUGACACCGACAGAAUAAGCAUUUUAGGGAGGGUCGGCUUCGUCUUAAGCUGGUUCGGCUCGAUUCUCGCCAUUCUUCCUCGAUUCAUGAUGCAAUCAACCAUCCUCUUCUUCAAGCAUAAUCUUCAUUUCUGGUAUCGACCAGAACCUUUGAAGGAAAGCAUAGGACGGCCAGCUAAUUGGAUUGAGAAAAUUCUCGAACAAGUAUUUCGUGAAUACUCGAAGUAUCUUGUCCAACGAUCAACCGCGCCUGUCACUAUUCUAUACACGCCAGGGGGAGUUGCUGAAGCAUCUGAGCAGACAUUCAUCUCACCCUCCACCUGCGGCCCUGGAGACUCAAAUUUCGAGAUCAAGAUCAAAGUGUUGACACCGAUUUUAUAUUCACGUUUCGUUCAAUAUGCGCAUGAUUCUGAGGCCACCUUUUGCGAGGUGGGAGUCUUAUGGGUGCUGGCAUUGCUCAUUACGCAGACGAUCAUGGGCUUCUCAUGA